CUUCAAAAAUGUAGAGAAGAAAACAGAACGCUCUCUAGAAUUUCCGCCACAUUUGAAACUGUCAGGCGGUUGUUGUUGUUGUUGUUGUCAUGGGUGGUUGUUAUCAUAGGUUUUAGCAUCAAGACGGUAUGGUUGACUUUUCCACAGACGACACAUUUGUGUACAAUUGGCUGUUUUCUCCUUCAGACUGCAGAGUUUUAUUCUGGAAAGCACACAGCUACUAAAGCGCGUAGCUCCCUAGCGUUAAAGCUAACAAUAAGAUAAUUUCAUCAUGUCUCUGCCUCCAGAAAAAGCUUCAGAGCUAAAGAAGCUAAUUCACAACCACCUGCUCAGGAUGGACAUCCAUGGGAAGAUCAGAGAGGUGCUGGCAGAUACUGUGCGGGAUGGUCAACGAUCAGCAAGUCAGUCUGUGUCUGAGGCUGAUUUCCUUCGUGCUCUACAGAGCAGGGGCAUUAUAGACGAUGUAAUGAAGGACCUUUCCUUUCCCCAGGAACCACAGACAAAUGGGAAACUUGAGCCUGCUGCAAAGCCUGACACUCACUUUGCUGAAAAGGAAAUCACUCAUCUGAAAAAAUCCAAUAUUAACCCUUCAAGGCGUUACCUGUGUCUGAAAGUACUUGGAGGCAAAGCUUUCCUGGAGCAUCUUCAAGAACCAGAGCACUUACCUGGUCAGGUUUGCUCCACAUUCACUCUCUACUUGCACUUUCGUAACCAGAGGUUUCGUUCUAAGCCUGUGCCUUGUGCCUGUGAACCCAGCCUGGAAGAGGGCUUCCUGUUGGAGCUCCACAGAGAUGGUGUAGGAGAGGGCAAUAAAAUGGCAGAUGCAACCACAUUGCUGUCAAUGUGUGACACAGUUCAUUUGGUGCUAAUCAAGACAGACAGGUCCAGUGAGACAACGCUGGUUUCUUCUUAUUUCUUGGACUGGAGGACAGUCCUCAGCUCGCCGAGUGGGAAGACCUGCUUUGCCAUAGAACUAAUGGGAGUUGGAAGUGAAUGCAAAGUACCAGCUGGUGUCCUGACGGUCAGUCUGGAGCUGUGUCCGCCUCUCACUGAGACUCUGAGCCCUGACGUUGUCAGCACACAGCAAUCACUCGAGAGGAACAGGACUGCAGAGAAGGAGAGACUAUUCUUAGUUUAUGCCAAACAGUGGUGGAGAGAGUUUCUGGAGAUCCGACCGUCACACCAGUCAAAAAUGGUCAAGAUAUUUGCACAGGAUGAGAAUGGCGUCAACAGACCCGUGUGUUCUUAUGUCCGUGUCCUCCGUGCGGGCCGCCUGCUAGAGAGCCCUAGGCAGGCGGCACGUUUCGUCAGCUUGAUGGCCCAGGAGAAGGCUCCGGUGGUGGGAGGAGGAGGCAAGCAGGAGCAGUGGUGCACAUUACUGGCCUUCCUGUGCAGAGGGAAGGGGGACUGUGAAGACCACGCCACCCUGCUGUGCAGCCUCCUGCUGGGCUUUGGUCUGGACGCAUACGUGUGUGUCGGCACCAAAGCUAAGGCAGUGCCACACACCUGGGUUCUGACCCGCGGUUAUGAUGGAAUCAUCACGUUUUGGGAGAGCAUGACUGCACACAGAUACCUUCAUCAGACCAUAGAUCCAGAUGCGCCGCCUUUGUCCCCCCAACCUAAUCCAUCGUCCCCUUACAGGACUGUGGGCUGCGUUUUUAACCACCAGACCUUCUUGGCCAACUGUCAGCCGUCUGAUGCUGUGGAACGUUGUGUCUUUGACUUUCAGAAUCCAUCUCGAUGGAAAGCGAUGAGUGAAGAGGCUCUGAAGUCCGUCUGUGCCCCAGGCUCCACCACCUCUUUGCCCCCUGUGCCUCCUCUCUGUGCCCCAUCUCUGGAUGCUGCUGCUGCCAGCAACCACCUGGAGUUGGAGAUGCGUUUCCUGAUUUCUGAGCACAGAAAGGACCAUGAACUGGCCACAGUGUGGGACGACCAUCUGUCCUACCUGCUGUCCUCAGCGUUGUCAACCUAUGAGCUGGAGAGAUGCACUGGUGUCUCCUGUGGUAGUGAGGAGUUUCAGGACGCUCUGAGGAGGGCGAUGGCAGACGGCCACACUUUCAAAGGUUUCCCCAUACUUUUCCUUCACCGCAACGCCCGCAGAGCGUUUGCCACCUGCCUCAGGUCUUCAUUUUGUCAGGAAAUUGUCGGCUGCCGCGGUGACAGUGUGAGGCUGGCCGUCCGUGUCCGUGUGUUUGUGUAUCCAGAAAACGCCUGUGCAGUUUGGCUGAUGUUGGCCUGUAAAUAUCGCUCCGUGCUCUGAGCUAAAAGACUGUUUCCACUAUGAACGGACGUCGGGUCAAUGAUCUGUUAUAACACAGUUCAAUCUUUGAUGAAACUUAUUUUAACUUUGGUGCGCAGACUAUUUUUUACAAAAUGAAUGUAUUAUUUUUGUAGACUUUUAAACACAGAUUUGUAUUUAUGUAUGUAGUUUUGGAAAAUAAAUGUUUUAUAUUUUUAUGUCACUGUGUGUUGCUGAGUA